UUACUAGGUGCUCUCAGUGGUAUAUAGCAUCGGAGGACGCUAGUCCACACCCAUUGAGAAAUUGAAGCAGUUAGUAAGAUUCAAGAUGUCAUCUCCUAUCCACCAUCAUCAAUUCCUACUCCUUGGCGCCGGCGAACUCGGCACCGCAUUCCUCCCACACCUCUCUUCCCUCCCCAACACCCACAUCACCAUCGCCAUCCGAACACCAUCUAAAUACGCACAUCUCUCUGGUCCAAAUACCUCCCUACUAUCUCUCGAUAUAUCCGGACCCUCUGAAGACCUCGCGAAAACUUUCGCAAACUACUCCACCGUAAUCAUAUGCACUGGAUUCGGGCAACCAGCCGGAACCAUCACGAAACUCGCCAAAGAAAUCUUACAAGCCGGACUGCUUCGAAAAGAAGCCGGGCUAGGAAAACUGUGGUUUUUCCCAUGGCAGUGGGGUGUGGACUACGACGUCACCGGUGAUUGCGGGGGUUUAAUGCCACUAUUCGGCGAGCAGCUCCAAGUGCGGAAACUGUUGCGGUCGCAGGCAGCCCAGUCGCAUGUUACAUGGACGAUUGUAUCCACCGGAAUCUUCAUGAGUUUUCUGUUCGAGCCGUUUUGGGGGGUCGUUGGUGAAGAGAAAGCUGGAGCAGGGUUCGUGGUACGUGCGCUGAAGAGUUGGGAGCAUAAGGUUACAGUGACGAGUGUGAGUGACAUUGGGAAGACACUGGCUAGAGUUGUGGCGGGGGAUGUUGAGAGCGAAGAUCGUAUUCUCUACAUAGCUGGGGACACUGUGAGCUAUGCAGAGCUGGCGGGUAUUGUUGGGAGAGUGACGGGGAAGAAUGUGAGGCGGGAGGAGUGGACGACUCAGCAUCUCGAAGAAGAGCUCGCAAAAGAUCCUGAGAAUCUUAUUAAGAAGUAUCGGGUUGUGUUUGCUGGAGAAGGUGUUUGGUGGGAUAAAGAGAUCACAGUGAAUUACAAGCUCGGGAUGCCUCUUACGGGUGUCGAGAUGUAUGCGAAACAGCAUCUUGCCGCCUAG